GAGAACGUCCCAGGAGUGAUUGACAUGGCGUCUGGUGACAUCAUCAUUCUGAGACAGAAGGUGGAUGAGAACUGGUAUUAUGGAGACACGAACAGCAGUAGUGGGCUGGUCGCUGCUAACAUGAUACAGAUUAUUGACCAGCAGCAUCAGACUCAAUCCCAAAAACGUUCCCAAACACAGACCCAGACCCAGACCCAGACCCAGCCACAAUUCCAGUCUCAGCCUUUAGCCCUCUGCAAAGCCCUGUACGACUUUGACUCCAAAGAGAUGGACGUGAAUCUGGAUGACUGCAAGGACUGUCUCACCUUCCACAAGGGAGACGUCCUCACGGUCAUCAGACGAGCAGAUGAAAACUGGAUUGAAGGAAAGCUGGGAGACAAAGUUGGCAUUUUUCCUCUCCAUUUCACGGAGCCAUUUACAGAGGCAGCAGCCAAGCUUCUGGAGGGAAAGACCUGGAAGGGGAGUGACUCCUCGGCUGAAUCUCGCCCAGGGAUCGGGAGUGAGAGUGGAUUUAGCAACAGCGGGACCGGUGACUCAACAAACCCCGACCGGGCAACCUGCUUCGGGGCGCCCCAGAGCCCCACGAAGACCCCCAAUAUUUCUGCUCUCAACCCCCCCACCACCACCCAGGGGAAACAGCAACAAGCUAACAGCAGCACCCUGUACCAGUCCAACCAGACACAACCUUCGAAUAUCAACGGUCUGUACCAAUCAACCCAGGCACAACAACCUGCUAACAUCAACAGUGUGUACCAGCCGACCCAGGGGCGGGGGCAGCCACCCAGCGUCAGUGCCCUCAACAGCCUGAACCAUCAGGUUCACCAGCUGUCCCAACCCUCCGCCCCCCCUCCCAACCACAGCUCCUCUCAACGCUCAGGUGUGACCUCACAGCGCGUAAAGAGAAACUCAGAGAGAACUGGCAGACACCUGUCACAACAGGGCGUGAGGAAGAUGAGUAGUGGUGAAGCUCCUCCCACCAUCACCAUGGCUCUGAUCAACCCCCAGUCUGCCUCCGUCUCCUCGGACACCAAACAGUCCUCCACUCAGCAGCUCUCCAUCAGUGUGUGUGCUGCUCUGUACUCCUACAAGCCCUGUCGCUCUGAGGAACUGGAGCUGAGGAAAGGGGAGAUGGUGGGGGUGUAUGGGAAGUUUAAGGAGGGCUGGCUCAGAGGCCUCUCUCUACGGACAGGCAAAGUGGGCAUUUUGCCCGGCAACUACGUCACACCUGUCCUCAGAACCUCUGCCAGGCUGUUGGAGUCCAAGGCAGUGACGGCAGGCCCCGGUACAGUCCCUGGAAGAAGAACCUCCUCGUCCUCCAAGAAUCCAGCGGUGGUUCUAGCUCUCCACAGGGUCAACUCCGAUGAAACGACCUACUCUACUGGACAACGGGUUCCGCAGCAGUCCGCCUCCGUGGCCACGCAGCCUGUGACGUCAUCAGGCGGCGCCACCAGAAAGUCCCGGCACGGGGUGGGCUCGGAGGGAUGGGACACAGUGAGGAGAGUCUUCCAUCGUUCACACAGAGGCUCAUCUCAACGGGGAAACCACUACCCCCACACCACCAUCUCUUCCAGCUCAGCCCUUCAAUCCCAGACCCAGACCCACAGUCAGAGCUCAUCCCAGCGCUGUAACCACUACCCCCACACUACCAGUGCCACAUCAGGCCUUCAGCCCCAUUCUCAGUCCCAUUCUCACAGCCAGAACUUUAGCCACAUCCAGGCCCCUGGCUACUCCCCUGCUCUGCUCAGGAAGAAACAACACAUGAGCAUGCUGCCCAAUCACAACAGAUCUCUGGCCUGGAUGUCUGAGGGACCCUCGCCCUCUAGUGGUGGUUUUAUGAAGGACAGGGACACUGCUGCCAGAGAGACGUUUGAUAGGCAGGUGUUGGAGACGAGGCAAGCAGCAUCGAAUGGUCAGCAGUCCAUCAACUCCAUCCUAGUGAGACCAGACGCCCUCAAGAACAACACAGAGAAGCCCACCAAGUCAGUGCGGUUCCUGACCCAGCCUGAUUCCCCUCCACCACGGCCCAGGACCACCUCCCUGCCCUCGGGUAGCCAGCCUCCCUCCAGUGCUCACCCUGGUCCCCCUCCCCUGGAGGUCUGGGCUCCAUCACUCACACUGGGGCGAGACGGGCCUGGGAUCAUACUGAAAGAAGGCAAGGCUCCUGUUCUUAGGAAAGGUCUGGAGACAAACCCCUCAGAUGUUCUGACCCCCAAUCAGAAACCUACAUCAUCAGCACCAUCAGCGUCCAUACUGUCCAGCAGCCCUAGCAGACACAGAGUAGUGACGUCAUACCAGGCCCAUACAGAGUCAGAGAUGAGCCUGAUGCAGGGUGAGCCUGUCCUGCUUCAUAGACAUCGGCCCGACGGACGGGUUCUGCUCACCCAGGAGAGCAGUGGCCACACGGGCCUCUUCCAUAGCGGUGUUCUACAGUUCUUAGACCGGUUCAGUUGACUGCCUGUAGUGUUUAGUUGUUAUGUGUGUUUUUCACAUAUAAAUAGAAUGACUAGCAUGGGAAAGCUACCUGGACCGUGACAAUUUGAUAGUACACUCAAUAUGGCCGCUGGCCCACCCGGGUACAAUUAAUUUUGCCGCCAGCCCACCCCAUCAUGUAAUGUUGACUUGAAAACCAAUGUCCAUUCUAGCUAUUCUAUUUCUAUGGAUGUGUUGACACUGCCAAAUGAGAUGCUCAAACUGUGGAAGUGUGUGUGUGUGUGUUUUAUCUGUGUGUUGAAAAUAAUAUAUUAUACUGCCAUAUAAUGACUAUAUAUAAAGUAUGUGGACACCCCUUCAAAUUUUGUGGAUUUGGCUGUUUCAGCCACACCUAUUGGUGACAGGUGUAUAAAAUUGAGCACACAGCCAUGCAAUCUCCAUUGACACAAAUUGGCAGUAGAAUAGCCUUACUGAAGAGCUCAGUGAAAUAUCUAUUUGGUACUGUCAUGGAUGCCACCUUUCCAACAAGUCAGUUCGUCAAAUUUCUGCCCUGCUAGAGCUUCCCCGGUCAACUGUAAGUGCU